AUGUCAGGUCUAAACGUCCUUGUAUCAGGCGCUUCUAUAGCGGGCCCAGCGACGGCCUACUGGCUCGCUAAAGCAGGCGCCCAAGUCACCGUCGUAGAGCGCUUCCCAGCCCUACGUACAGGCGGCCAAGCUGUCGAUAUUCGCACUGCUGGCGUUUCAGUUAUGCGCAGGAUGCCUGGACUAGAAGCUGCUAUCAGAUCAAAGUCCACUCAGGAAGAAGGCAUUAGCUUUGUCAGUGAAGAUGGCAAGCCUUACGGGGUCAUCGGGCCUACAGGAAACCCAGACCAACAAUCCCUCGUCUCCGAGUACGAAAUAUUGCGCGGGGAUCUGUCAAAGAUUCUCUUUGAUGUCACCAACGAUAACAAAAAUGUCGACUAUAUCUUUAACGAGCAAAUCGCAUCCAUGAGCCAAAGUGAGAAAGCCGACGGUCCCGUUACUGUCACUUUUGCGAAUGGCACAGCAACCUCAAAAUACGACUUGGUAGUUGCUUGCGAUGGAGCGACAUCUAGAACUAGGGUUUUAGGCUUUGGUGGUCAUGUUCGGGACCCUAUCGUCACAACCAACUGCUGGGCCGCCUAUUUCUCAACAUCUCAAGACCUCCUCAAGGCAAGCAAGAUCGGGCAAGGAUAUAGUGCUGUUGGUGGGCGUAAUAUAAGUAUUGGAUCCGAUCCCGCAGGGUUUAGUCGAGUUUUGUUCAUGUGCAUGAACCAGAGCCUCGAAGACUCAGAAUCCUUUCGAGAAUCACUAGCACAAGGCGAGACUGCCACUAAAAAGUACAUCGCCCAGCACUACCAAGGCGUCGGUUGGAAAACAAGUGCAGCAAUUCAGGAAAUGAUGGACGCGACAGACUUUUACGCGAGCGAGACGGUGCAAGUCAAGACGCCCAAUUUAUACCGCGGUCGAUUUGUUUUGGUGGGCGAUGCAGGCUACGCAUCUGGUCUCACGGGUUCUGGAACAAGUCUCGCUCUUGCAGGCGCUUACAUCCUGGCCGGCGAGCUACGAAAACACGGCAGAGAUAUUGAAGCAGGCCUUCGAAGCUAUGAGCAGCAGAUGAGGCCUCUGAUCAACAAAAUGCAACCGAUUCCACCGCUGGUACCAACUAUCGUGGCGCCACAGACUGCUUGGGGUAUUUGGCUGCGGAAUAACAUCUUUCGGUUGAUUGCACGCUCUGGUCUCAUUGGGUUUGUUCAGCGGUUUAUCGCAGCUGGGUUUGGGGAUACAAAGGAGUUUCCAGUUCAAGAGUAUGAGUGGGAUAAUUAA